AUGAUUUAUGCAAUUAUUCCACACAACAUUGAUUUUGUUACAUUCUUGAUGAAUGAGCACAAUAUAGAGAUCAAUUUGUAUAUUUGUGUACAGUAUAAUAAUCUUGAGUCAUUUUUAGUUUAUUUUGAUCAAACUAAUGAUAUUAAUGGAUGCUUUUUUAAUUCGGCAAUGUUUAAUAUUCCAUCUCUUUGCGAAUAUUUCCUAUCAAAUGGUGCAAAUAUCAAUACAAAAGAUAAAUAUGAAGAAACAGCUCUUCAUAAAGCAGCACGUUAUGAUAGAAAAGAAACAGCCGAACUUCUUAUUUCACAUGGUAUAAAUAUCAAACAAAAAGAUGAUUUUGGACAAACCGCUCUUCAUAAAGCAGCAUUUAAUAAUAAUAAAGAAACAGUUGAACUUCUUAUUUCACAUGGUAUAAAUAUCAAACAAAAAGAUGAUUUUGGACAAACCGCUCUUCAUAAAGCAGCAUUUAAUAAUAAUAAAGAAACAGUUGAACUUCUUAUUUCACAUGGUAUAAAUAUCAAACAAAAAGAUGAUUUUGGACAAACCGCUCUUCAUAAAGCAGCAGUAUAUAAUAGUAAAGAAACUGCCGAACUUCUUAUUUCACAUGGUAUAAAUAUCAAUGAAAAAGAUAAUCAUAGACGAACCGCUCUUCAUAUUGCAGCAUGUUAUAAGAGUAAAGAAACAGCAGAACUUCUUAUUUCACACGGUGCAAACAUCAAUGAAAAAGAUAAUGAUGAAUCAACUGGACGAGUGUGA